AUGCGUGCCAGUGAUAUCAGCCUUGGGCUAUUGCUGGCCGGAACGGCCCUAGCGUUCAACAACCCUACUUUCCUGACCCCUGUGUUCCCAGUGCCCCUGAUUCCGGAAACAACCGAAGUAUGGCACUCUAUCAGACAAACGAUAACCUCAAACCUCACUGGUGCCAUUGCCGCCGCCAAUGGUGGAGAGGGUGCAAAUUCUGUCGCUAUUCGAGCAAUCUCUGUGCAGGAAGACAGUCCUUUGAUCGAGUUCUAUCACACGGCCAAGUCGAUAUCCCCGGCUAGUGUGCAGAAAGUAGGCGCAGACACGGUAUUUCGCAUCGGGAGUAUCUCGAAGCUGUUCACUGUUUACUCUCUUCUCGUUCGUGGCGGCUUCGACAUAUUUGAGGGCCCGGUGACGAAAUACGUCCCUGAGCUCCGAAAGGCAGGUCUGAACUCUACCGUCGAUCCCAUCGACGAUGUCAAUUGGGAAGAGGUCACUGUUGGUGCUCUGGCAAGCCAGUUGUCCGGCAUACUGCGUGAUUGUGUCCUUCCUCUACUAGAUAACCACGCCGACUUGUCAACUCAGGGCUUACCAGUUGAGGACUUUGGACUGCCGCCUCUUCCACCCCACGACAUUCCUAAAUGUGAUGGAGACGAAUCUCAGCCUCCAUGCACCCGCAAUGAGUUUCUCCAAGGCCUACAAGGUCUACACAAGCAGCCACCUGUCUUCCCUGUAUGGGCAACGCCAUCCUAUUCGAACGCCAAUUUCCGAAUUUUGUCCUACAUCUUCGAGAGUAUCACAAAUACGAGCUUUGUAAAAGGGGUAGAAAAAGACGUCCUUCGGCCCCUUGAUCUCUCAAACACGUAUACUAUCAAACCACAAGACAGCGUCGGAAUAAUCCCAACGGGAGAUAGUUUAUGGGGUCAAUUCCUUGGACAAGACUUGGCGGCUGCGGGAUUUUACUCUUCGGCAAAGGAUCUGUGCACUUUUGGUGGCGCAAUUUUGGGUAGUUCACAGCUGACGCCGGCGGAAACAAGACGGUGGUUAAAGCCACAUUCGCACACGGCGUCGCUACUGCUUUCUGUGGGUAUGCCCUGGGAGAUAUACCGGCAGCAAACAGGCGAUCACGUUGUCGAAUUUUAUACCAAGGACGGCAGCUACGGUGCCUAUAAUUCGAUAUUAAUACUCGUACCUGACUACGACAUCGUGUUCAGCGUUUUAACAGCAGGCCCGGAUUCCAAUCUGGUGAUCAAUGCUGCGGAAAUUGUGCGACAAAACAUCAUGCCAGCCCUUGAAGAAGCUGCGAGAAAGCAGGCAAAAACUCAAUAUGAGGGGGAGUAUUGCCUCUCUUCAGAUGGACAGAUGACAGAUCUGAUUGCGCUAUCGGUCGACGACGGAACAGGCCUUCUAGUGGACAAGUGGAUCAGUAAUGGUCGGGAUUUUCUGGCCAUCGCUUCGCAAUAUGCCGAAAACACAGGUAGUGGGGCACUACAGACAGUCCGACUCUACCCUAGCGAAUUUCGAACCUCGGGGAAGGUGGCAUUUCGGGCGGUAUUCAACACUUCUUAUCCAAGAACGAGUGGUGGUACCCCUCGGUUGUUUUCUCCAGGCCUGGAAGCGUGGAGCAGUGUUGACAAUCUGAUCUAUGGACAGAAGCCAAUGGAUCUGUUCUUGUUCAAGAUCGACUCCCAUGGUGUGGCACAGACAGUUGAAUGCAGCGGCCUGAGGAAAGUGCUGCCAAAGUGCUAG